GAUUCGAGAGGAAGCGGGGUGGGCGGAGCUACAAUAUCGAGGCCGAUGGUGGCGAGGGGCACAGAAAAGCAAAGCAUCGUUACAGGUUUUUUUGAAGUGUUUUUUUUUUAUUUAUUGUUAAUAGUUGUAUGCGAAGAAGAAACAUGAGACUCAGGUCUCAAAAAAACGUUGAAUGUUGUUUGGAGACUCCGAGGAGAAGCCGUCGGCCGAUCAACAAUGCGACGCCAAAGCGAACGCGCCCCUCGGUCGCACAAAGUCCGCCUCAACCCGAGGUUAACGACACUUUGGGUAAUGACUCCUGCCACUCGGAUGAUGAAAUACCCACAAUGAGAAGACGCCCAUUUCUCCGUGGCCGUGCAAGGAAACGGGCCAUUGCUGUUGAUGAUGGAGAAACUGAUUUGGCCUUCAAGACUCCAGUCAGGUCCAUCAUGCGUUCUCAGCGCAUACUGUCAGAAAUCAACAUGACAUCUUCUCCUAACUCCACAGCCAGAAACAUUUACUCACCCAUUGUGCGUUUUCUCACACCCAGUAAAGAGAAUGUGAAGUGUGAAGGUGCUGGAACCAAUGUGUUGAUGAGCCCAGAACAGGGCGUGUUUGGCUAUGGAUCCAUUGAGCUUCUGGCUGGACACGAAGACGAUGAUGUGUUCAACCCAUGUACAUUUAUCAAGAACAUACCAUCGCAGUCUCAACAUUCCCGAGCUCGACUCAGAGACAUUCCCCCCAAGACCAGGAGCACCCCAGAAGCCACACUCGUCGUUGACCUGGAGGAGACCCUGAUGUUCAGCUCUCUGAAUGUGAUCGAGGAUGCAGAAUACAACUUCCACACAACUUUUCAGGACCAUCAGUACAAGGCGUACGUGAUCCUUAGACCACAUGUUAGGGAGUUUCUGCAGGCCAUGGCAAAAGUCUAUGAGCUGUUUGUUUACACAUGUGCCAAAAAGGAAUACGCCGAGAAGAUACUGGACAUCCUGGACCCACAGAGGAAACUGUUUAGACAUCGUCUGCAUCAGGAGGACUGCGCUUGCGUCCUCGGACAUUACGUCAAAGAUCUCAGCGUUCUGGGGAGAGAUCUCACCAAGACCGUGGUUCUGGACAAUGCCCCACACACCUACCCGUACCACCUGAUGAAUACGAUUCCCAUUAAGAGCUGGUCUGGAGAGCCAGAGGACAGAGAACUCCAGAAACUCAUCCCCUACAUGGAGAAACUUUCUGCAGCGGAGGAUUUUCGGGAGGUGCUGAAGAAAAGGAAGGAUCACUUCCACCGGCUGCUGUCGGAGGACUGAUGCAGUAGCCCUCAGCCCUUGCUUCACCUGCCUAAUGUGAUUUCAGCAGUUCAUGUUUGCUUUACUGUUGCUUUGGCUAAAAGCUGGAACCAGUAGGAAGCCCUCUGUUGUGUUGGGCCCACCCGCCCCCCCUCUGUCUGCCCUGAUGACUUUACAGUACGCAGAUCAGUAUUUCACACUGUCAUUAUUCUCCAAGGCUCAUUCCACAGGGCGACAAACAGCUUCCACUCUUUUUAUAAAUAACGUGCCCACUUCUUGUAAAUAUUCAUAGUCAGACUUUAUUUAUUGAGUAUACUGUUAAACAAAGGCUCAUAUCUGUGUAUAUUUUAAAUUUGCUUUUAACUGCAAUAAAAUGACUAAUAGUGUCUUUA